AUGUUAAAACUGAUUCGUAUAGAAACAGAGAUACACAAAACUCACUCCUGUGACCAGUGUGAGAAGUAAUUCCCUACAUCACAAUGAUUAAAGGUCCAUCUGACAGUUCACACUGGAGAGAGACCAUACAGCUGUGAGCAAUGUGGUAAAGCUUUCUCUCAGUCAAAGGCUUUCAUCUUACAUGAACGAAGCAACACUGGAGAGAAACCAUACAGCUGUAACCAGUGUGAGAAAACAUACAGACAAGGAGAUCCAACAGUUCAUCGGAGAGUUCACACGGGAGAGAGACCGUACCAUUGUCAGGAGUGUAGCAAUACAUUCAUAUCAUCAGAACUCCACAGUCAUAACCGAAAAUUUCACAUUAAAGAGAACCCUCACCGUUGUCAGUUGUGAAAAGGGAUCACAUCGUCAGGAGAGCUAAAGAUUCACCUGAGAGUUCUCACUGGAGAGAAACCAUACAACUGUGAACAAUUUGGGGAAACUUUUUCACGGUCCGGUCGCUAUAGAAUCCACAAACAAACUCAUAGCGGAGAAAGACCAUACAGCUGGUGUGGUAAAGCUUUCUCUCAGUCAGCGUGGAGAGAAACCAUACCACUGCAGAUGCUGUGA